AUGUCGUCCAGAGCCGGUCUCCGUUUCUUCAAUGCCUUCCGCCAACAGGCUGCCCGCACCGGCAAGCCCAUCGCUCAAAGACGCACCUAUCAGUCCGCAGCAGAGACCAAUGUCGACCCUGCGCCAAACCAGUCUCGUUUCCAACAGUUCUGGCAGUCUCCCGUCGGUCCCAAGACCGUCCACUUCUGGGCUCCCAUCAUGAAGUGGGGUCUCGUUCUUGCUGGUGCUGCCGACUUUGCUCGUCCCGUCGAGUCGCUUUCUCUUUCUCAGAACGGUGCCCUCAUGGCUACUGGUUUGAUCUGGACCCGCUGGUGCUUCGUCAUCAAGCCCAGAAACCUUUUCCUCGCUUCCGUCAACUUCCUUCUCUUCUGCGUCGGCGCAACACAGGUCUCGCGUAUCCUCCUCUGGCAACAAGCUCAAAAGGGCGAUUCUAUCCCCGAGGAACUCAAGAAGGCUGGCAAGCAGGAGGGCAGAGAGCUUGAGGCCAUCGCUAAGGACCCCAAGGGCGCUUAUGAGAACGCCAAGAAGGUUUAA